AUGUGUGAAUUAAACUCCAGCAUUCCCAAUGAAUUACGGGUUGAAUUUGUUGAGGAGGAACAAAUUUUAAAUAAUGAAAAAGAAACAAAUAAAAAAAAACUUAAAGAAGUUUUAAAAAGAGUAUAUAUAGGAAUUUAUGAAGACUCUAAAAAUAUCCUUCUUAUGAAAAACACUGGCAUUACACACAUUAUAAUUAUAAGAUGUUCUAAAGAAAAUAAUAUCGCCAGGGUUAUGUUUCCCCAUGAUUUUGAAUAUUAUAUUAUUGAUAUAAAAGACAAUUUCGAUUUCACAGUUUAUUCACAUUUUAAAUGUUUACUUGAUUAUAUACUUUUUGAAAAUCCAAAGAAUAACGUUUUUAUUCAUAGCUACUUCAAUCUUAACAAUAUUUUAUAUUUAAUAAUAUUUUACAUAAAUAUAACAUUAAGUUGUAAUAUUGAGGAUGCUUAUACAUAUAUAAAGAAACUAUUUUCAAACUUUCUCAUUCCACUCGAUGAUCUAGACAAAAUAUAUUAUUUUACAAAAAGACACAUGCUAACAUACUAUCCAGGAGAAUGUACAACCUAUUUUGAUAUUAAGGAUCGAGAUAGUUCAUAA